CCUGGGGGAAAGCCCAGUUACAAAUUUGGUGCCCAAGACAAAAUUCAGUUCGGUUAAUUAUAUUUCCAAAAUACGAAUAAUGGAAAAUUAAUCUUUAACAUUUCUUCUGCUUUGUCUCCUGGCUUCCCUUGAUUAUGUCUCUCGUUCUUCCUUGGUUAUUUGAAUGGGAAUUAAAAAGUUGUUCCUGAGUCCCGUUCCUGGCUGGAGGAACUACACAGAUUUUAGCUUUGUACUCUUUGGUCCCUUUAUCUCUGAGAAUGGUUAUUUUCUCUCGUCUCCCACCCACUUACGUGAAGGAACGUUUGAGCCCAGGUGAUUGUUAAAUGUUUUUAGAGUUCCUGAAAGAAAUAGGGGCGGCAAGCCUGUUUGCUUACUUGGUAGCUGGAUAUGCAAAAGGAGUUCUCCAAGGUUAUGUGUGUUCAGCUCUGGGUUUAAAUUAGUGGAAUCAGCUGUUUAGGGGUGACUAGUUUGAAGUGAUCCUAGUUUGAUUCAAGGCUUUUUGUCAAAUUGCAUAUAUUUUGUUGUGGAACCUAAUGGUAGGAAUAAUUUUUUUUCUUGGUUAUUAUUUACACUGUUAUUUUUGGAACCGUUCAUUGCUUUUCCAGUCUCCAACAGAUGGGACAUCUGUUUUAUGUCUCUUUAUAGUACCUGUAUAUCUCUCUAUAGUUUUUAUAUAUCAUUUUAUAGUGUCUCAACUACAUGGGAAAUUUUACUUUAUCCCUAUUUCUGUCUUUGGGUAUAAGAAUUGCAUAUUUCAAUGGAUUUGGCCCACGGACUUCUAAUCUGAUCCUUAUUCUACUUGAAUAUUUUUUCCUCUGACCUCAGGUUCUGCUUGUCCUCAUGGAAAUUCCAGGGCGGCAGCAGCAACAGCACAAUUAACCCCGAUUUGCUCACCUCUCAGCAUUGCUUGGUUCAUUUCCUUUUCUCUCUAUGUUCUACCUACAGGUUAUGAUCUCAAGAACCAAGUCUGUACCACCACCCUAUCUUUUCCAGGCUGCCUCCUCCCUGCUUUCGGCCUCUUUUUGCCUAGGCUAUUAGGACUAAUACAUUUAAUAUGUUGAGAGUAUUAAAAGAUUGAAAUUGCUAUACUUAGUUUUUUUUGGUUUGUCAUAGAACAUAUAGAACUAAUUUGCAUUAUUUUAUAAGAAACCUCUUCUGCUUUUGCACAAAAGACAAUGUAGCCAUCUUGUGAAAUAAGAAACAUUGAUUUCUUCCACCCUCUGUUGGUAUUGUGUCUGCUAUUUCUGUAUUAAAUGCAGGAGAGUGUUUUCUCUUUGUGUCCUCUGCAGUGUUAGCCUUAUUUACCAAUGCAGAUCUUACUGAGGUGGUUUUCUUUGUGCUUUCUGGAAGCCAGUGUUUUAGGCAGUGUAGAUAAAAAUCCCAGCCAGAACCAUAUUUAUCGUGAAACCUCCCUGGAACUUGGGUACUGGCCUAGCAGCCACGUAGUAUUAGUGUAGCUUUUAAUUAACCCCUUUUCUGACUUGGUCCAAAGGAGCUAUUUAAAAUUCAGUGGCAUUUUUCAAGCCUUUAGCUUUAUUGUUUUCUAUUUUUGCUGCCUACGUGGUUUCUAGUUUCAGACCUUUCUUGCGAAUCUUAGAAGGCAGUGUAAUUUAGGGGGAGAAUAAAAGAUCAGAUUCCUGUCUUUGCUUUUGAAACCACAACCAAGCUUGCCCAUAACUUUGAAACAAUAAACACUUGUGCAGUAUUUGGCUAAUGAGUUAUAGUUUAUUCAAGCCUUAGGUAGACCUGCUUGAUCUCCUUUGCAUCCGUCUCCGUUUCUAGGAGAAAGGGUCUGUUUUCAAGUUUUGUUUUCUUCUCUGUCACUUACUGUUUCAGUUGAUUGUCCACUGGUGCAAGCAGAACAUACUCUGCCACUUUUGGUAAUUAUGACUCUUGAUAGGCCAAGCUCAAAGGCAGUGGAUCUUGUAAGACAUUUAGCCCAGGCACUCAAGAUUGGCCCAAUUCAUAUCAAGCUACAGUUUGUUUUCUACAAGCCAGCCAAAUUUAUCAGCAUUUGAGGAGAGGAGAGAGAUCCUAAAAAUAAGCAAAAAGUGCCUUGGAGAGUUGAGCAUCUUGUUAUGGGAACUCGAAUCUUAGCUCUUUUAAUACAGUCUAAAGUUCAGCUGUCCUAGGAAGGCUAUAACUGGGAGAGACAGAAGGCUGUGCCCCCCAAGUCCUCUAAUUGUCUUCCCAUUCAGUAUUAAUCCUGGGCGUAAUGUGCCAGGGCUUUUUUCUCAGUAGUGAUGAUGGUCGGUGUUGGAUUUUAUCUAGAAAAUGCUGAGUUCACUUGAAUAUAGAUUGAAUAGUCAUAUUUUGUCAGAUACAGAGAGGGGAACUAUUAGAGGGCAUACUGGGACUGUUCUUGCCCUCAUUUAUUCUGUGUUGUUUGUUUUGUCUUCUUGUCUUAGAAACCACGAUCAUGGGUUCAGGUCCCAUAGACCCCAAAGAGCUUCUCAAGGGCUUGGAUAGCUUCCUUAACCGAGAUGGGGAAGUUAAGAGUGUGGAUGGGAUUUCCAAGAUCUUCAGUCUGAUGAAGGAAGCACGAAAGAUGGUGAGUCGAUGCACUUACUUGAACAUUCUCCUGCAGACCCGCUCGCCAGAAAUAUUGGUCAAAUUUAUUGACGUUGGUGGCUACAAGCUUCUUAAUAAUUGGCUGACAUAUUCAAAGACAACCAACAACAUUCCCCUCUUGCAGCAAAUUCUACUGACCCUGCAGCAUCUACCACUCACUGUGGACCAUCUCAAGCAGAACAACACAGCCAAGCUGGUGAAGCAACUGAGCAAGUCAAGUGAGGAUGAAGAGCUCCGGAAAUUGGCCUCAGUCCUUGUCAGUGACUGGAUGGCUGUCAUCCGCUCCCAGAGCAGUACCCAGCCUGCUGAAAAAGAUAAGAAGAAACGUAAAGAAGAAGGAAAGAGUCGAACCACUCCUCCUGAGCGACCCUUGACUGAGGUGAAGGCUGAGACCCGGACUGAGGAGGCCCCAGAGAAGAAGAAGGAGAAGCCCAAGUCUCUCCGAACCACAGCUCCUAGUCAUGCCAAGUUCCGUUCCACUGGACUAGAGCUAGAGACACCGUCUUUGGUGCCUGUGAAGAAGAACGCCAGUGCAGUGGUGGUUUCUGACAAGUACAACCUGAAACCCAUCCCCCUCAAGCGGCAGAGUUCCACAGCUGCUCCAGGAGAUGCUGUCCCCCCUGCAGAGAAGAAAUACAAGCCACUCAACACAACACCCAAUGCCACCAAAGAGAUCAAAGUGAAGAUCAUCCCUCCACAACCUAUGGAGGGCCUUGGCUUUCUGGAUGCUCUCAAUUCAGCCCCUGUUCCAGGCAUCAAAAUUAAGAAGAAGAAGAAGGUGCUGUCACCUACAGCUGCCAAGCCAAGCCCCUUUGAAGGGAAAACAAGCACAGAACCAAGCACAGCCAAACCUUCUUCCCCAGAGCCAGUCCCUCCUUCUGAGGCCAUGGACACAGAGCGUCCAGGGACCCCAGUACCCCCUGUUGAAGUCCCAGAGCUCAUGGAUACAGCCUCUUUGGAGUCAGGGGCUCUGGAUGCGAAGCCAGUGGAGAGUCCUGGAGAUCCCAGCCAACUGACCCGCAAAGGCAGGAAAAGGAAAACCGUGACGUGGCCUGAGGAGGGCAAACUGAGGGAAUACUUCUAUUUUGAACUGGAUGAAACUGAACGAGUAAAUGUGAAUAAGAUCAAGGACUUUGGUGAGGCAGCUAAGCGAGAGAUACUGUCAGACCGACAUGCAUUUGAGACAGCCCGUCGUCUGAGCCAUGACAACAUGGAGGAGAAGGUGCCCUGGGUGUGCCCCCGGCCCCUGGUUCUGCCCUCACCGCUCGUCACCCCUGGAAGCAACAGCCAGGAGCGAUACAUCCAGGCUGAGCGGGAAAAGGGGAUCCUUCAGGAGCUCUUCCUGAACAAGGAGAGUCCUCAUGAGCCUGAUCCUGAGCCCUAUGAGCCCAUACCCCCUAAACUCAUCCCCCUCGAUGAGGAGUGUUCCAUGGAUGAGACCCCAUAUGUUGAGACCCUGGAGCCUGGGGGAUCAGGUGGCUCACCUGAUGGGGCAGGUGGCUCCAAAUUACCUCCUGUUCUAGCCAAUCUUAUGGGCAGCAUGGGGGCUGGGAAGAGCCCCCAGGGCCCUGGAGGAGGAGGCAUCAAUGUCCAGGAGAUCCUUACCUCCAUCAUGGGUAGCCCAAACAGUCAUCCCUCAGAAGAACUGCUGAAACAACCAGACUAUUCAGACAAGAUCAAGCAGAUGCUGGUGCCACAUGGACUCCUAGGCCCUGGUCCAAUAGCAAAUGGUUUCCCACCAGGAGGCCCUGGGGGCCCCAAGGGCAUGCAGCACUUCCCCCCUGGCCCUGGGGGACCUAUGCCAGGUCCCCAUGGAGGCCCUGGGGGUCCUGGUGGGCCAGUAGGUCCACGUCUCCUGGGUCCCCCACCCCCUCCCCGAGGAGGUGAUCCCUUCUGGGAUGGCCCAGGUGACCCCAUGCGGGGUGGCCCAAUGCGGGGGGGUCCAGGACCUGGUCCUGGCCCAUACCAUAGAGGCCGUGGUGGCCGAGGAGGAAACGAACCUCCUCCUCCUCCUCCAUUCCGUGGGGCCAGAGGAGGUCGCUCUGGAGGAGGACCCCCAAAUGGACGAGGGGGUCCUGGUGGGGGCAUGGUUGGAGGUGGGGGUCAUCGUCCCCAUGAAGGCCCUGGUGGGGGCAUGGGCAGCAGCAGUGGACAUCGUCCCCAUGAAGGCCCUGGCAGUGGCAUAGGUGGGGGGCAUCGUCCCCAUGAAGGCCCUGGUGGAGGAAUGGGUGGGGGCAGUGGACAUCGCCCCCACGAAGGCCCUGGCGGAGGAAUGGGUGGGGGCAGUGGACAUCGACCCCCCCAUGAAGGCCCUGGUGGAAGCAUGGGUGGAAGUGGUGGACAUCGCCCUCAUGAAGGUCCUGGACAUGGGGGGCCCCAUGGCCACCGGCCUCAUGAUGUCCCUGGGCACCGAGGCCACGACCAUCGAGGGCCACCCCCUCAUGAGCACCGUGGCCAUGAUGGCCCUGGCCAUGGAGGAGGGGGCCACCGAGGGCAUGAUGGAGGCCACAGCCAUGGAGGAGACAUGUCAAAACGCCCUGUUUGCCGACAUUUCAUGAUGAAGGGCAACUGCCGCUAUGAGAACAACUGUGCCUUCUACCACCCGGGUGUCAAUGGGCCCCCCUUGCCCUAGGGACCACCUAUCUGCGCCACCCACACAACCCCCUGUGGACUGCAGCCUUGCUCCUUCCACCCUAUUAUGGCUUCUGUGAGGCCCAUUUCCCCCUUUCCCCAGCUGAUGAGGAGCCGGCCCCCUCAGUUCCCACCUGCUUGGGUUCCUGGGGGUUUUCUGAUCACUGGUGCACAUUGAUGUACAUAUUUUCCUCCAGUCUGUGGAGGAGAGAGACUGAACAUGUUCGUACCCCUGGACUGCUGAAGAGGAGACCCAGUUGACUUCACUUUUUGAGGAGAUUCGCCCUGUACCCCAAACCCCUUUCCAGUUUUACCCUUUAGCCUGAGAACCUAAAGCUGGUUAUCCUGGAGAACACCUCUGCUCUCCUAUUGUGGAUCCUCCACAUGCACAUAGAACUCUGACACGGGAUCUGCUGCACUUAUGAAAUCAUCCCAGCCAAGUCCAUUACUCCUCAUGGGGUGGGGAGGUGGUAAGGGGUAUUGUCUAUCCCACUGCACUGAGAGGGCUCAAUCAGGCUGGAUUUGAGUUCUGGAACACAUCAUCCCCACUCCUUCCCCUGACACGGGCUUUACAUUCGGAGUUCUUUCUCAAGUAAGACUUUGCAAACCUUCUGUGAACAUCGUUUGCCUCAUGGGUCUGCUAGGCUCAGUGAUGGCAAAUUCUUGUCUACAUCCAGUGAAAGUUUUAGCUGGCAUAGGUGAGGGCCAAGGUGUUCGUCUGCCUUUGCUACAGCUCAUUCUAGAGACUUUUUAAAACACAUCAGUGAGACCAACUUUCAUCCACUUGAGCCCGCGCACCAGGUCUGUCGUCACACUACAUGCACUGCCUCUGGGAGCCGGCCUGCUCUUCCCCCAUCCAGAACGUUGUCAGUGUGAGACUUCCAGCUUCCUCACCCUCUCAGUCACCGGAAUUCCCACCUGGUGCCACCCUGGGUGGAUUCAAGAUGAGCUUGCCCUUUCCCAGCCCUCUCCUUCACCUGUCUCAGCAUCAGUUGUUUUCUAUGAAAACAGUGGAUUGGUUGGGUUUUGUGCAGGGUUUUGGGUUAGAGCCACAAUGGAUUUGAGAACGAGUAUUUUUCUUUUGGUUUUGUAUAUUUUGUACAUUAAUAAUAAACAGUGGAAAGAGAAGCAGCUUAUUUAACCCCUGGUGUGUUUGGACUCUUUAAAGGUGGCCUGGCUAGUAUCAGCUGUUGUAAGUACAUUGAUGCAAACCUUUGUGGAGUCUUUCAAUCAUCUAAAUGGCCCUAAUACAGGGUCGCUAUGAGUCACAAUCGACUCCAUGGCAACAGAUUUAAUACUUGUUCUCUUGAGCCCCGGCUGGCACAAUGAUUGCAGGAGCUCAGCUGCUAACUGAAAGGUCAGUGGCCUGAACCUACCUAGUGGCUCUGUGACAGACCUGGUGAUCUGCUUCCAUAAAGAUCACAGCCAAGAAAAUGCUAUGGGGCAGUUCAAUUCCAUUAUGGGGAUGCUGUGAGUUGGAAUCUACUUGAUGGCACUUAACAAUUGUUCUACCUUCUAGUUGCAGAGUUAGUAUUAAGUACUGAAGCAAUGCUUUGAAAAAUAUAUAGAAUGCUAAAUACAGGGUGCAGGUAGAUCCACUGGUCAGUGUUCUUCGAGCAGUGGGAACUUGGGGAGCAAACAGCUCUUUGCUGAGCUUCUGAAAGCUGCAGACUUGGUGUUGGCAUAGCAGCAACAGUUGAACCUAACAUCCCUGUGAACUUGCUUAGAGAAGCAAUUUGAGUGGAGGGGCAGGUGCAUAAGAAGAGCAGAUAGUGUGGCUGAAGGAGAAAAAUUCAAGAGCAGUUUCAGGAAGAAAGGAAACAGGUUGCUUAUUGCUGAUUUUCAGAGCACUUUCAGUGAGAAGGUGAGAGGCCAGGAAUGGGAACAGCGUCAACUGCUCUUACCCAAAAUGUGGCUCUGUAGAGGAAAACGGGGCUGCUGCUAGAAGAUGCAGCAGAAUGUUGGUAUUCAUGUUAUAACAUUCGUGUAUAUUUUAUAUAUCUAGACUAGUGAACUGAAAAUAUUAAGCAUAGAGUGUAACAUGAAAUACAUGUAUUUUAAUAAAGGAAUUUAAAACACUUUACAAGUAAUUACACAUCUAGCCUUUAUUUCUUAAAAAUAGAUAAUUGAGGGCCUAGCUGAUAUGACUCCUAUGCAGACAGGAAGUUUUGGAGACCAGAACAUGGAGUGAUAGGAUUAAUUUUAAAUUUGAAGUUCUGCUAUUCUUGGAACCAGAAAUCAAAGUCUAUUAUAUUUUUUUUGUGUGGUGAAAAUACACACAACAAGCAUAUUGCAUUUUUAUGUGGGGUGCAGAGACGCGGAAAAGGGUAGAAUGUUGGGGUGUGUGGUUUGAGAACUGGUUUUUUACAUGCAUACGUGCAUUAAAAUCACCUGGAGAGCUUGUUAACAAGCAGAUUAGGGGCGGUGUCCAGGAGAGUUUGAGUCCAUAGGUUUGGGGUGGAUCCCAAGAUCUUGCAUUUCUAACAAAUCUAACAAAAUCAGGUUUUGGUGAUGCUGCAGGUCCAGAAAUCACCCUUUGAAAAGAACCACUGCACUGGAACACAACGUCUUGGCUGUUAUUUCCAGCACUGGCCACACGAGGGCAACAACUUAAUUUCACAGGCCUCGUUUACAUUUAGUAAGGCUAAUGGGACCUUUUAUCCUUUGCCAAGUCUUGGUAUGUUCUUGUCAGUCAGCCUAUUGUUGCGCUGGAAAAGGAAGGCCUCAGAAGGGAUGUAAUCAAGGGCCAAGCUAAGUGGUGAAAUACCAAUGAAGUACACAGUUCAAGUACAAAACCCAACGAACAUGUCACAAUCUUGGGUAUUUUCCCUCUGGUUUCAUCUGCUGCCUGCCUCUCACACUCUCUUCCCUGUCUCCUGCAACAGGCCACGAGAAUCUUUAAAAAAGAGUUUGUGCUGGUUUUAAUAGUUUUUUCUAUAUUUCAAUUUAAAAAUGAACUCAUAACCAUUUUCUUUCCAAUCUUCCAUCAAAAUCCAAACCUGUUAACUUUUUAAAUAUGUGGCCCUUAUCAAGAAAAUACCUUCCAUUUUUAGACGUUCUCUUUCAAACUCCCCUCCCUCCGACCUACCAA